GUGUCUGUGCUUCCCUUCAUUUUCCACCCCAACAUGUUGGCAGUGGAAGAACGAGGAAGAUGCUGCGCUCUACCGUUGGUGCGUUCUUGCCACCUCUCCAGCCAGUGCACACUGCGUCUGAGUCAGACUCAGCAUCAGCCUUCAGUUGUCUCCGGCUAAAGGAUUUAAGGGAGGAGGUGGAGGAAGAACCGAGGAGCAAGCUGGAACUCAGGAGUUCUCACUCCAGGGUCCCCAAUGAGAACAACGUUACAAAAACAGAACAGAACAGCAACUGCUCUUCUUCUGUGAUGGAAACUACUAAUGCCUCAGCAGUAACCACCUCCUCUUCUGCUUUCCCCCUCUCCUUUUCCUCCCUCUCGGCUCCAAGAUCUAUGUGGCAAGAAGCGAUGAGGAGGAAGCAGUAUCUCCUUGACCGGGCAGGAGUGUCUGGUGAAGUGGAUAAAGAAGGAAGUGGUGAGGAGAAGAGGAGAAGAACCCCAGACUGGCUUUAUGAAUCCUACUACUGUAUGAGCCAGCAGCACCCUCUCAUUGUUUUUCUGCUCCUCAUAGUGAUGGGAGCCUGCCUGGCUUUGCUGACUGUGUUCUUUGCUUCGGGGCUGAACGUUGCAGACCACGUGGCCUUCGUCAUCACAAUUCCCACCACACUGGCGAUAUUCCUGGCAGUCUUUGUACUGGUCUGCAUUGAGUCUGUUUUCAAGAAGCUGUUGCGUAUUUUCUCUUUGGUCAUCUGGGCUUGCUUGGUAGCAAUGGGAUACCUUUUUAUGUUUUCUGGAGGAAUCAUCUGUCCAUGGGACCAGGUGUCUUUCUUCCUGUUUAUUGUGUUUGUGGCUUACACCAUGCUGCCAUUCUCUAUGCGGGAAGCCCUCAUCGCCAGCGUUUUGACCUCCGCUUCCCACACAAUCGUGUUGAGUGUGUGCCUGUCCAGAACAGCAGAUCACAUGGAGGCCGUAGCAUGGCAGAUUUUGGCCAACGUUAUAAUUUUUGUGUGCGGCAACUUGGCUGGUGCAUACCACAAGCAUCUGAUGGAGUUGGCACUGAAGCAAACCUACCAAGACACCUGCAACUGCAUCAAGUCACCCAUUAAACUGGAGUUUGAGAAGAGACAGCAGGAACGUCUUCUGUUGUCUUUGCUGCCAGCUCACAUUGCCCGUGUGAUGAAAGCUGAGAUCAUUCAGAGACUAAAAGGACCAAACUUUGGCCAGAUUGAGAACACAAACAAUUUUCACAACCUCUAUGUCCAGAGACACACCAAUGUCAGUAUUCUCUAUGCAGAUAUUGUUGGAUUCACGCGGCUGGCCAGCGACUGUUCUCCUGGAGAACUGGUGUACAUGCUGAAUGAGCUGUUUGGCAAAUUUGAUCAAAUUGCAAAGGAAAACGAAUGUAUGCGGAUCAAGAUACUUGGUGACUGUUACUAUUGUGUGUCUGGCCUCCCAGAGUCGUUGCCUAAUCACGCUAAAAACUGUGUCAAAAUGGGUUUGGACAUGUGUGAGGCUAUCAAGAAAGUGCGAGAUGCUACAGGAGUGGAUAUCAACAUGCGUGUUGGUGUACAUUCUGGGAAUGUUCUGUGUGGUGUUAUCGGACUCCAGAAGUGGCAGUAUGAUGUUUGGUCCCAUGAUGUCACAUUGGCCAACCAUAUGGAGGCAGGAGGUGUACCAGGGCGAGUUCACAUCACAUCAGUGACUCUGGAGCACCUGAAUGGUGCCUACAAGGUGGAGGAUGGAGAUGGACAAGAGAGAGAUCCUUAUCUAAAGGAACACGGAGUCAUCACUUAUCUGGUUAUCAAUCCAAAGGUUGAGCAUUGGAGCCCACAGCAUCAUUACCGACCCAGACACGCUAUUUAUGGAGCAAAGAUGAGAGCCUCAGUCAGGAUGACCCGCUACCUGGAGUCAUGGGGAGCAGCCAAGCCCUUUGCCAACUUACAUCACAGAGACAGCAUGACUAAUGAGAAUGGCAAGAUCAGCACUGAUGUGCCGAUGGGGCAGCAUCACUUUAAAAGAAGAUCAGAAAGGACAAAGUCACAGAAGAAACGGUUUGAAGAGGAAUUCAACGAGAGGAUGAUCAGGACCUUUGAUGGAAUAAAUUCCCAAAAACAGUGGCUGAAGUCUGAGGACAUUCAAAGAAUAUCACUGUUUUUUCACAACAGAUCGUUAGAGAAAGAGGUAAGAAAGUACAGAGCAACGACUUUACCAGCCUUCAAAUACUACGUCACCUGUGCCUACUUGAUCUUUUUCUGUAUUUUCAUUGUGCAGAUUCUGGUCCUGCCAAAGACGGCUGUCCUGGGAAUAUCCUUCGGAAUGGCCUUUCUUAUCCUGUCUGCGAUACUGUUCAUAUGUUUCAUUGGACACUUCUUGCACUGCAAUAAAAGUACAUCUACAUCUUGGAUGUGGCUGCUGAGGUCAUCAGUUAUUAUUGCCAACAAGCCAUGGCCCCGCAUCACUCUCACCAUGACAACCACAGCUCUAAUACUCAUAAUGGCUGUCUUCAACAUGUUCUUUUUGGAAGACACCGUUUCACCUUCAGUUUCUUUUUACAAUUCAUCCAAUGAAACACUUCUCUACCCUAACGGGCAACAAAUCACCUUCACAGGCAAAAACAACUUCUACCUUCCUUAUUUAAUUUACAGCUGUAUCCUGGGCCUGAUCUCUUGCUCUGUGUUCCUGAGGAUAAACUGCGAACUGAAGAUGAUCAUAAUGCUGACGGCGGUGGUGGGCUAUAAUAUCAUUAUCCUACAAACACAUGCCUCUCUGCUGGAUGACUACAGCAGAUCUCUCUAUCUGACUGAGAGCCUGGACAGACCAGGGGUUCUCAAGGACCUAAAAACCAUGGGCUCCAUCUCGCUUUUUAUCUUCUUCAUCACUCUGCUUGUGCUUGCCAGACAGAAUGAAUAUUACUGUAGGUUAGACUUUCUCUGGAAGAACAAGUUCAAGAAGGAAUGUGAAGAGAUAGAAACCAUGGAGAACCUCAACCGGGUUUUACUGGAGAACGUUCUCCCUGCCCAUGUUGCAGAACACUUCUUGGCUCGCAACUGGAAGAACGAGGAUCUGUACCAUCAAUCCUACGACGUAGUGUGUGUCAUGUUUGCCUCCAUCCCAGACUUUAAAGAGUUCUAUACUGAAUCUGAUGUCAACAAGGAGGGAUUAGAGUGCCUCAGGCUUCUCAACGAAAUCAUUGCUGACUUUGAUGAGCUGCUUUCCAAACCCAAGUUCAGUGGUGUGGAGAAAAUUAAAACAAUUGGUAGCACAUAUAUGGCUGCUACCGGGCUUAAUACAUCAUCUGGGACCGAGUAUGCAGCCCAGGAACAUGACAGGCAGUACAUGCACAUAGGAACCAUGGUGGAGUUUGCAUUUGCUCUGGUGGGAAAGCUGGAUGUUAUCAACAAACAUUCUUUCAACGACUUCAAACUCAGAGUUGGCAUUAAUCACGGUCCAGUGAUAGCUGGAGUAAUCGGCGCUCAGAAACCUCAGUAUGACAUCUGGGGUAACACAGUAAAUGUAGCCAGCAGAAUGGAAAGCACUGGAGUGCUGGGGAAAAUACAGGUGACAGAGGAGACAAGUCUCGUCCUUCUGACUUUGGGCUACCUGUGCUCCUGUAGAGGCAUCAUCAACGUCAAGGGCAAAGGAGAGCUCAUGACGUUCUUUGUGCACACAGAGAUGACUCGCUCACUGUCCCAAGGGAAUGUAAUGCCGUGAGACUGGCUGAGAAAAAUUCUGGAUUUGCACAGGACUUUAAUCUAAGCCCAAGGAGCAGGAAGAAGUUGCAUCUAGUCCAUGAAGAGAAGAAAACCUACCUAUUACAUUGCAAGUAACCUCUGCCACAGCUGUUGAAUGCAUUCUGUUACUUAUGUGGGUGUCAUGUGGACAACAGGUAGCUAGUAAACCAUGAAAAUAUUCUGAGAUGGAAGGUUGUAACAGUCAUCUACUACAGAAGUUCCUGUAAUGGUAUCAGAUUGUUUCAGAAAAAGGAAACUAUUUACAAGUGAGCAUUGGAACUUUCCACUGAAUCAGUAUGCCGCUGGUUCAUGAAUGUUAAACAGUCAUCCUAAAAUAUCCAACCAGUCUAGUAAAGGGGACGCUUGUUGAAUAAACCAAGAAGCCAACAAUGCAUGCUUAACCUGAUGAACUUGGUUGGAAGAUGAAGUCUUGGAUGUAUUCUACAAGUAGUUUGGGACACACAAACAUUUUCAAAGUUGUCUUCAUACAUUUGUUUAUUCUCACAUGUUUGUUCAACACAACAGAUUUUGUGAUGCUUGCUGAAAACAGAAUCUGGGGCUGGAUGCAUUAUUAUGAUUUAUGUCCCACAUGUUUUGAUGUUUCAAAGUGGGUGUUGAGAAUGGGCCAAUUUUGUAUGUGUGAGGUCAGAUUUAAAGUUUCUUCAUACAGCUGUGGGUUUGAAGGUGUGGUACACUUGUUUAAUCAAUACAUUUGCAGUGGUCUCUAGUAGGAAUGAACUAGAAGUGAGCCACAUCACAGCUGAGCUUCAGACAGCAGGCUUUGACAUUUCCUGAUAUUUGGACAUCUUGCCCCGGAUUGGUUAACAGCAACACGACUCUACCACUAACUUGCAACAUUGAUGUUUUAUCUCCACUAUAACACAAGCGGGAAAGAGUUCUGCUGUGUGGUGGAGUUGCUAAUGCUAAUGGUUAGCUUCUACCAGCUGAGACGCUCUCUGCUGUUUCAGGGGCGUGUCCAGGGAGUGGCCUGGGGUAGCACAUGCCACCCUUGGAAUCUAAUUGGCCACCCCAGGUGCCACCACACUAAUUUACCUUUAAAUAGGCUUUUCACUGUCCACAAAAGGCUUGGGGGUAAAACAAAAAAAGCAUAACCAUUGGUGCCACCCAUGCACAAAGUUGUGCCUCACCUGGGCCACCCCAUUUUAAAACAUCUGGACACGCCACUGUGCUGUUUCCUGGACGCUAAACCAACAACAGCCUUCCCUGUCGUGAGACACGAUGGGUGAGUCCAUGAAUAUUAAGUGACAGUGUGACGCAGAUCUGUCAGGCUUUUCUAAUCCUAGAGUUUCACCGUCUGUUUUCUGUCAGAAGCUACUGCAGGAGAUAGGUGUAGGAGACUAUUUUCAUGUUCAGCCUGCAUGAAGUAUAAUCAGAAAUAAUUGAUCAAAAAUGUUUUUUAUUAGUGUUCCACACGUUUAAAUUAAUUAUGUUUCAUAUAAAGAUACUUAAUACAUUUUUGGAGAUGUCUCAAAAUUAGGAUCACAUUUUCAUUUUUAAAAAUCUUUUUUUACAUGACCCAGAACAAUAAAAUACUGAUUAAUUACAUCAGUAAAAGUAUCUCACUUCUUACAUAACAGGGCAUAAAUGUGCCUUCAGAGGAGGAAAGAACAGUACAAAUGAAUUAUAUUGUCAGAGAUUUACCCACGUUUAUGCAUCCAGCCUCCGUUCUGAGCCAAACAGAUUUGUUUCAUCUUAAAAGAACAAGAUGGUGUAAAUAUUUUGUUUCAAGGAGCGUGGUUUGUGUAUAGAGUAGCUUUAAUGUGUAUGGUGAAAUGGUUUUGUAAAAAAAGAAAAUACAACUAAAGUGUUUUGAUGAGACCAUUGAUUUUUAUUGCAAAAAUGUAAUUAAAAUUUAUAUGUACUUUG